CAAUUUCAAGAGUGGAUAUGGUGUUGACUAUGUGAGCCCAUAAAACAAUACCACGUGUCAAGACUAAAGAGGAAUGCAUAGGCACAGAACUUGGAAAUACCACCCACCCACCCAUUCAGUUAUCCAUUUCCAAUUCCAUUUACACAAUAACACUGCUGCAACAACUAGUGUUUAGUUUUCUCCGCCAAUCAGAAUUCGUUAUUCCCCUGAAGAUGGCGUUACCGGUGGUGGUGGACGCAGAAUACCUCAAGCAGAUCGAAAAGGCUCGCCGCGAUCUCCGAGCACUCAUCGCCAACAGAAACUGCGCUCCUCUCAUGCUUCGUUUAGCUUGGCACGAUGCGGGCACUUACGAUGCAACCUCCAAGACCGGUGGACCUAACGGUUCUAUCCGGAACGAGGAAGAGUAUUCUCACGGCGCUAACAAUGGUUUGAAGAAAGCUAUUGAUUUCUGUGAGGAAGUGAAGGCAAACCAUCCUAAAAUUUCAUAUGCAGACCUUUAUCAGCUUGCAGGUGUUGUUGCAGUUGAGGUUACUGGGGGUCCUACAGUCAACUUCGUUCCUGGAAGAAGGGAUUCAAAAAUAUGUACAAGAGAUGGGCGGCUUCCCGAUGCUAAAAAAGGUGAGUCACAUCUCCGUGAUAUCUUUUAUCGUAUGGGCUUGACUGACAAGGAUAUUGUUGCGCUGUCUGGGGCACAUACACUGGGAAGAGCACAUCCAGAGAGAUCAGGGUUUGAUGGCGCUUGGACAGAGGACCCUCUGAAGUUUGAUAACUCAUACUUUGAGAUACUUUUGGAAGAAGAUUCUGCAGGGCUGCUUAAACUUCCAACGGACAGGGCUUUAGUGGAUGAUAAUGAAUUUCGCCAUUAUGUUGAGCUGUAUGCGAAGGACGAGGAUGCAUUUUUUCGAGAUUAUGCUGAAUCACAUAAGAAACUUUCAGAGCUUGGCUUUGUGCCAAGUUCAAAGGUGAAUGCUCCUAAGGAUGCGACCGUACUAGCACAAAGUGCUGUUGGAGUUGUAGUUGCCGCUGCAGUGGUUAUCCUCGCUUACUUGUCUGAACAUUCCAAAAGAGGGAAGUAGACUUUGAUUUGCUCAGCUCUGUUGGAUGUCACGUUUGUGUGGCCCAUGAUGACCGGUAUUGAGUUCAUUUUUGCAGUUUCAGCCUAUGUUUUCUUAGUACCAAUAAGAAAAAUGCUACUCGCCACAGCUAUUGGGUAUAUGAAUAGACUAUAAAUUCAACUGAAUCCUCCAUUUAAGAGCAGCAUCAGUAUUACUUUGUACAUACAAAUUUCAGUAGUUCCAGUUAUGUGCUCCUUUUCUCUUGAAGAUCAGAAAAGACGCGCAGUUAAAUUGUUGUUAGUUUAUGUUAUUUGCAAGAAAUUCAGAAUUUGAAAACAUGGAUUAUACACUAGAAUAAUUACUAUGUGCCUGAGGAUCAAUAAUACUUAUAUGUCUUUGCUA